AUGGAAGAAUUCGAAGGAUUCCUGGACAAGUCCUUUAUGGAGUACAAUGAUGACUACUGCCCACCCUCACCCCAGUCACACAUUGACUUUGAUGAAGUAAUUAUUAGAAAACGAAAAACAAAGAAAAGAAAGACUCUCCCAAAGUAUGUAGUAUACAAGGACUUAACAGAAAGAGACGAAGUAAAGCUGACACCAAGACAGCUCCUAAUGAUAAUGAAGAAGAAAGGCAUUAUAACAGAAGGCAUAAUGGAGCUAGACAAAGAAACAAAAGAAAUAUGCUCUGUUGGUAUCCCAAAGAAGAAAAGGCUAAAUACCACACCCAAAAAAGUCACAGACAAAGAACACACCAUAAAUAGGCACAGCACAGGAGAGGAAGAGACUACUAGUUGUAGUAAUAGGGAAGAGACUACUACUAGUAGAGAAGAUUCUUGUAGAGAAGAAAGUAUUUUAGUUAGUGCAAAGCAAGAAAAUACUUCUGACAAGGAAAAUACUAGUAGGGAAGAUUCUAAUACUAAGAAAGAAGAGAUUUUAGUUAUUUCUAGUAAGGAGGAAACUGCAGCUAAUUUAAAGCACAAAGAAACUAGUAAGCACAAAGAGGCUACAGUUAGUACUAGUUCUAAUAAGAAAGAGACUAGUAACCACAAAGAGACUACAACUAAUUUAAAGCAAAAAGACACUCCAGUUAUUUCUAGCAAGAAAGAGGCUACAAUUAGUACUAGUACUAACAAAAAAGAAGACGCAGUUAAGACUAGCCUAAAUAUUCAUGCAUGCCCUCUAGACUAUUCUUCUGUACCCCCAGAGAAUACAGCGGAAUAUUAUGACAGACAGAAUGUAUUCCUUGGGCAUGCCACUAAGCUUGAUGAAAACAUAAUCCACCCACAGGAUGCAUAUGAUAGGGUGAGCAGUUCACAGACUAAGAAUAUUCCUGCAGUGGAAAUACUUGAAGCACAAAAAUCCACAGAAAGUAUCACUGCACUAGGGAUAGGUGCAUUACUGGCGAAAGUUCAGAAGGAAAUAUCCUUGCACACGUGCCCUGUCAGGACUCUUUUAAUUUCUGUUGAGAAAAGACUCUCUGCUGUUGUAAGUAGCCCCAGGGAGCAUAUUCACAUGAGAUCACCAGAGGCCCUUCAGAGAGCAUCGCAAUCGUACGAAAAUAUCACGCAAUCCAGGACAAAGUGCUGCGUGCACUAA